AUGGCACCCUCCACACCAACGUCCAAAAACGGCCGGGCCGGCAGCGAAGGCUCGCCGGGCCCAACAGUCGCCCCAGGAGGCAGCUACGCCCUGUCUGACGUGACGCCGGGAGUCAAGAUCUUUGUGGUCAAGCCAUUGCCCAACGGCUCAGAAGAGCACCGCAAGGCCGAGAUUCUGUCAACACGACCAAAGCCAGUGUCUGCUUUCGCACCAAAGCCAAAGCCUGGUGACCCCCAGCCCGACCCGCGCGACGACACCGAGUACUACGUCCACUAUGUCGAGUUCAACAAGCGUCUCGACGAAUGGGUCGGCGGUAGUCGUCUGCUCACGGACAAGGAGAUGGAGUGGCCCAAGCCGAAGGACGAGGGCAAGAAGAAGAGCACGGGCAAGGCGACGCCAGGAAAGGCCGCGUCGGGGUCUGCAUCCCCAGGACGGCCUUCCAAGGGCGCCCCACCAAAGUCGCUGCUCAAGAAGGCCGCCACGAAGGCCGCGUCCCAGGUCGGCAAGGCUCCAUCGAAGAAGAAGAAGGGCAAGGGCGCCAUCCAGGUCGAGGAGGAGGAGAGCGACGACCCCGAAGCCGAAGGCGAGAGCGAGGACGGCGACGGCGACGUCAGCAUGUCGUCCGGAGACGGCGAAGGAGACGAGAGUCUGUCACCGAGCGACCCCCAGGCCGGACCCCGCGUGUUCAGCAAGAAGCAAGAGAUCGAAAAGCUGAGAACAUCGGGGUCCAUGACCCAGAGCCACAGCGAGAUUUCUCGAGUCAAGAACCUCAACAAGCUCCAGAUCGGCAAGGCUGAAGUCGAGGCAUGGUACUUCUCGCCCUACCCGCAAGAGUACGCGCACCUGCCCAAGCUUUACAUCUGCGAGUUUUGCCUGUUGUUCUACCCGUCCCCGACGCAGCUCUCGCGCCACCGUACAAAGUGCACUCUGCAGCACCCGCCCGGCAACGAGAUCUACAGACACGGCGACAUUUCGUUCUUCGAGAUUGACGGCCGGAGACAGCGUACCUGGUGCCGCAACCUCUGUCUGUUGAGCAAGUGCUUCCUCGACCACAAGACGCUCUACUACGAUGUCGACCCUUUCAUGUACUACUGCAUGACGGUCAAGGACGAGUACGGAGACCACCUGAUCGGCUACUUUUCAAAAGAGAAGGAAUCGGCAGAGGGUUACAAUGUCGCGUGUAUCCUCACGCUGCCACAGUACCAGCGAAAGGGAUACGGUCGUCUUCUCAUCGAGUUCAGCUACGAGCUGUCCAAGGUUGAGGGCAAGACCGGCUCGCCAGAGAAGCCCCUGUCCGAUCUGGGUCUUCUCGGUUACCGCGCGUACUGGCAAGAGAAGAUUGUCGAGCUCCUCCUCGAGUCCGAGGAUGAGAUCAGCCUCGACGAGAUCGCCCAGCGCACGGCCAUCACCCACGGCGACAUCAUGCACACGUGCCAGGCGCUCCAGAUGAUCAAGUACUACAAGGGCAACCACAUUAUCCACCUCACCGACGCCGUGCUCGAGCAGCACCAGAAGACAAAGGGCAAGGCGCGCACGACCAUUGACCCCACUGCUCUCAAGUGGAAGCCGCCCAUCUUCACCCGCUCUCAGCUCACGUUCGGCUUCUAA